CACCUUCACACUGAACACUUGCAGCCGAAUAACAUUCACUGCCCGGGACGGCAGCGAGCGCAGUGGACACACGCGGUACUGCAGGGGUUCUGCAACUACACGUGAUUGAAAACAUUUUAAACCAGAAAGCAAAGAAAGUGCGGGAUAUAAUAAAAUGGAUGCGAAACGUUCGGCCGGGAGUUGGACCGAGGAGGUAGUUUGUCCCAUCUGCAAAGAUUUCUUCACCGCUCCAGUGGCGCUGGACUGCGGGCACAACUUCUGCCGCCCCUGCAUCACACAGAGUUGGGACAGGGAGGGGAGAAACUCAUGCCCGGAAUGCAGAGAGGAAUCUGCAGAACGCACCCUUACGGUGAAUCGGGCCUUGUUUCGACUGUCCAUGAAAGCUCGAACACUGAGCCCGAAUCUCAACGCGAAGAAAAGCAAACUUCAGUGCGAGGAACAUCAGGAAGAACUGAAGCUGUUUUGUGAAACUGACAAGAAACUGAUCUGUUUGAUUUGUGCAACUGUGAAGGAACACGAGUCUCACAGCUUAAUGCUGUUAGAAGAAGCAAUUGAAUUCUACAAGGAACAAGUGAAAUCUUCUUUCGAAUCUCUCACAGAAAAGGAAUCAGAGAUCCAGAAAAUGGAGCAGGAACAGAAAGAGAGCAUUUCUGGAGUUCAGAAAGAGUCACACAACCUUCAGUCACUGAUCGCAUCCCAGUUUGCUGAAAUGCACCAGAUUCUCACUCUGAAAGAGCAGCGUUUACUCGGAGAAGUCCGGGAAGAAGAGGCGAAGAUUGUAAAAACAAUGGAGAAAAAUCUUCAAGAGAUACAAGAGAAUUUAAAUUCCAUUCAGGAGGAACUCUCAACGUUUCGGGAACAGACAGGACAUAAGGACGGCAUGAUAUUUCUUCAGGAGGAAGCUGGUCGCAAGAGGAGGGAUAGUGAUGAAAACAAACCAAUGUUGGUGGUAGAUGGCGCGUUGCCCAUUGAAAAGUAUGAUUGCACCUUAUUCUACAACGUGGCAUUGAGCGAAACAUCUGAUAUCAUCAAACGAGUCUCCGUCACCCUGGAUGUGGAAACAGCCGGUCCGCUGCUUGAGGUGUCUAAGGAUCGGAAGAGGGUGAAAUGUACCAGGAUCUGGAUCCGGAGAAGUCUCCCUGACACCGGGAAGACGUUUACAGGCUCGGCGUGUGUGCUAGGAUCGGAAGGAUUCACAUCGGGGAGACAUUACUGGGAGGUGGAGGUGGCGGGGAGUCGGGGAUGGUGUCUGGGAGUCAUCGCAGAGUCUGUGGAGAGGAAGGGAGAGGUCACACUGACCCCGGAGACUGGAGUCUGGAGCAUCGAGCGGUUGGAUGACAAGUCUAAAGCAUUCACCUUCCCUCCAUUCCGUCUCCCCACACGCCGGGUCCCCGGGAAGGUGGGAGUUUAUCUCAGUUACGAGUCGGGGACAGUUUCUUUUUACGACGCGGACACCAAGUCCCAUCUCCACACCUUCACUGGGAAUAAAUUUACGGAGAAACUUUAUCCUUACUUUGAGAAUUGGCAUAAAAACCAGUGGCUGAGAAUCUGCUCCGGUUCUUCUCCGGGUGUGUAAAAGGGUCGGGUCCCGGGACCCGCGUCAGGAGCGGGGCUCGGGGGCUGUGGGGCAGAAAC